CUUUCUUCCUUUUUCUGUGGACCAUCCAUCCUUCCUCUUCAAUUUUCUCAGUGGUUUACCAUAGCCUUAUUUGAGAGGAAAAAUAUGACUGCCGAUGCAAGCAAUACUGUCACUCUUGACAACAUCCAUCAAGUAUUAAAGGACGACAAAAGGGUCAAGAUUGCCACAGUUGACAUUGACGGAGUCCUUCGUGGGAAGCUUAUGCACAAGGAAAAGUUCUUACAAGUAAUUGAAUCUGGAUUUGGUUUAUGCUCAGUUAUCUUUGGUUGGGACAUUCAAGAUAUCAUGUAUACAACGCCUGUCGAAUUCGGUGGGAAAGAUUGCCACUUUUUUGACUUGGUUGCCAAAGUUGAUUUAGCGUCCUAUCGUCGGAUCCCGUGGGAGAACAACACCCCGUUCUUCUUUGUUCACCUGAUCCAUCCAAGCACAAAUGAACCCCUUUACUGCUGUCCCCGCGUGUUCUUGCAAUCAGCUGUAGACGCUUGUGAGCAAGACCUCCAGUGUACUGCCUAUUGUGGUGUUGAAUUUGAAUUCUUUUGUUUUAAAGAAAACGCAGAGUCUUUGGAAGCCAAAGGAUUCGCUAACCCCAAUCCCUUGACGGUUGGUAUGUGCGGAUACUCGUUAUUACGUCCUACACAAAACCAAGAAUUCUAUUAUCGCGCAUUCGACUGGCUUGAGGAGUUCCGAGUGGACGUGGAAAGCUGGCACACAGAAACCGGCCCGGGAGUCUUUGAAGCGGCAAUCAAGUAUACGGAUGCCAAAGAAGCCGGUGACCGUGCCAGCUUAUUCAAAACGUCCAUGAAACAAAUUGCACUGAAGCAUGGGUUUUUGGCUUGCUUCAUGUCAAAGCCGUAUCAGGACUUACCCGGCUGCUCAGGUCAUAUGCAUUUCAGCUUGAUCGACAAGCAAGGCAAAAAUAUGUUUUAUCCGUUUGAGUCCAGUCAAGUAUCUACAAUCCAUCCGCAUAUCAGUAAAACGUUGGUCCACUUUUUGGCGGGUGUGUUACAUGGUUUACCAAGUAUAUUGGCCGUUUUGGCACCAACUAUCAACAGCUACAAACGGCUUUGUGGCAAUUUUUGGACUCCUAUCACUGUCUCUUGGGGAGUCGAGAACCGCUUGGGUGCUGUCAGAGUGAUUGUCCCACCCACUACAUCCCCUAAUGGCACACGAUUAGAAAUGCGUGUGUCAGGAGCAGACAUCAAUCCGCAUUUGGCCAUUGGCGCGAUCCUGAAAUGUGGAAUCUGGGGCAUAAAAACAUGUCAAACGUUACCUGUUUCGGCGCUCGAAGACGAUGGACGUGGUGCAGAACAAAGUUCAGGAGGAGAAGGUGGAAAAGACAAACAACAAGGACAACAGCUUGCAAGGACAUUACAGGAAGCGGUAGCUGCUAUGGAUGCGGAAUCAUCGGUUGCACGUCAGGUGCUCGGUGAUUCGUUUGUCGAUCAUUUCGUCAAAACGAGGAAGCAUGAAUGGAGUUUGUGGCAGAAUGCAGUGACUGAUUAUGAGCUGAAGCGCUACAUGGAACUAGUGUAAAAAAACAUCUACACCACAUCAUUUAACACACAUAUACUACAGCUAUCAUCUAUAAAGGUCCUUCCGUCUUUAUGAUUAUAUACACCAUAUAAUCAGAAAAGCUUUUUAUUUUUAUUUUUUUUGGGAAAAACAUGAAAAGGUAAAGAGGGGUUUUGGUUUCAUAUGUAUAAGAGUGGGGCUUUUAAGUAGUAGGUAGUAAGUAAGGGAGAGGGGUUCCUUCAUACAGUGC